AUGCUCUCGCAACUUCGACAAGAAAAAGUGGGACAGCAUGCCAAGCAUCCCGAUGCCGUCAACAAGCAAAGCGUUCUUGAAAAGUACCUUGUUCCCUUUGGUGGUUCGGCCAUCCCCCAGGAGAAGCCGGACCGUCAGAUUGUGGGAGGAAAAGGCCUUGGAUUGACCGAAAUGUCGCGCAUUGGCGUCGACGUGCCCCCGGGCUUCACCUUGACGACGCAAGUCUGUCAGCUCUUCCAGGCCACCGGCGAUUUGCCCGACGAAAUGUGGGUCCAGAUCAAGGAAGCCGUAGGACGCAUUGAGACGGACAUGAACAAAAAAUUUGGAUGCUAUGACUUUCCACUCCUCUUUUCUUGCCGUAGCGGAGCCGCCAUCAGCAUGCCAGGCAUGAUGGACACCGUCCUUGACAUCGGUUUGAACUCCAACACCGUCAAGGGAAUGGCCAAGGCCACCAACAACAAGCGAUUCGCCUACGAUGCUUUCCGCCGUCUAUUGGACAUGUUUGGUGAUGUAGUCCUUGGCAUCCCCCAUGAGGCCUUUGAACAACGUUUGGAGAAACUCAAGAACGAAACUGGUAAGAAGGACGAUACGGACUUCACCGCUGAAGACUUGGAAAGACUCUGCGACGAGUACAAGAAGGUGUUCGGAGAACACAACCAAGUCUUCCCAGAAGAUCCCUACGACCAGCUGAAAGCAUGCAUCAAGGCCGUCUUUGGAUCUUGGAACUCUGAAAGGGCAAUCAAGUACAGAGAGAUCAACCAAAUAACAGGCCUAUUUGGAACAGCUUGCAACAUCCAGUCCAUGGUGUACGGAAACCUUGGCCCAACCUCUGGAACUGGUGUUGCUUUCUCGAGAGAUCCAGGUACAGGCAAAGCUGAAUUGAAGGGUGAGUACCUCAUCAAUGCCCAAGGCGAAGAUGUUGUGGCUGGAAUUCGCACUCCUGAGCCUAUCUCUCGAAUGGAACAUGAUCUUCCUGAGGCCUACAAGCAGUUUGUUCAAAACAUUGAACGGCUGGAAAGGCACUUCAAGGACAUGCAAGAUGUGGAGUUCACAGUGGAAGACGGAAGGCUCUGGAUGCUCCAGUGCAGGUCCGGUAAACGCACUGGACAGGCAGCAUUCCACAUUGCUGUUGAUAUGGUCGAAGAGGGUAUCUGCACUCCACAGGAAGCCCUUCUUCGCAUUGAACCCGAUCACGUGAGGCAGAUCUUGCAUCCAACAUUUUCAAAGGAAGCGCUCAGCUCAGCCACGUACAAAGACAACGUUGUUGCUGUCGGCCUCUCCGGUGGUCCAGGAGCAGCGGUCGGCAAGAUUGUGUUCUCGCCUCAGACCGCAGAGGCACGCAAGGAUGAAGGCGUCCUUCUGGUUCGAAACAACACAUCGCCAGAGGAUGUUGGUGGAAUGUGGGCAGCCAACGGUAUCUUGACAUCUCGCGGAGGUGUAACAAGCCAUGCAGCCGUCGUCGCCAGAGGAUGGGGAAAGCCAUGUGUCUGUGGUUGUGAGGCUCUUGAAAUUGAUGAAGAGGCUUUGACCAUGACUGUCAAGAAGACUGGUGAGACCUUCAAGGAGGGAGACACAAUCUCGAUCAAUGGAAGCACUGGAGAGGUUAUUCGAAUUGCCAUUGAGACAAGUGAACCCUCUUUUGAGGGUGCCUUUUCUACUGUCUUGAAAUGGGCUGAUGAUGUUGCGGACAAGUGUAAGGUCAUGGCCAAUGCAGACUCAGGCCCUGAUGCUACCAAGGCUGCUGAGCUGGGUGCGAAGGGCAUUGGUCUUUGCCGUACUGAGCACAUGUUCUUUGCUCCUGAGCGUCUCCCUGUUGUACGCCGAUGGAUCUUGCGUGGCGAGGGUUUGGAUCAAGUGCAGGGAUUCCAACGACAGGACUUCAAUGAGAUCUUUACAGCCAUGAAUGACAAACCAGUCACCAUUCGUUUGUUGGAUCCUCCCCUCCAUGAAUUCCUCCCUCGUGUUCAACAGGUUGAUGCAACCAUGGCGACUGACCUAGGUUAUGGAGGCAAUGUAAAUGGCCUCAUCAAUGACAUUGAGUCCAUGCAUGAAGAAAACCCGAUGCUUGGUCUCCGUGGUUGCCGUCUUGCGAUUGUUCGUCCAGAAGUCACUACAAUGCAAGCUGAAGCAAUCAUCAAUGCUGCAGCUGAUGUAAUGGAGAAGGAUCCUGCAAAUGCCAAGCCAUUCCCCAGGAUCAUGGUUCCUCUUGUUGGUAGUGUGGCAGAGUUCAAUUGUCAAGCCCUUGCCAUCAAGAAAGCUGCCGAGAAGAUCAAGGCCACAAGGAAGAUAAAUGUAUCCUACGAGAUUGGCACCAUGAUUGAGGUUCCAAGAGCCGCCCUAAUCUCUGACCAGAUUGCUGCCGUGGUUGACCCAGACGAUGGCAAGCAGCUAUGUGACUUCUUCUCGUUUGGAACCAAUGAUCUAACCCAGAUGACCAUGGGUAUCUCCAGAGAUGAUGCUGGAGCCUUCCUUCACUCUUAUGAGGAAAAGGGCAUCCUAGAAGAUGACCCAUUUAAGUCCAUUGAUGAAGAGGGCGUAGGUUGGCUUGUCCGCCGCUCCAGUGUUGAAGGAAGAAAGACAAAUGAUCAUUUGUCCUUGUCAGUGUGUGGGGAGCAUGGUGGUGAUCCCAAGUCCAUUGCCUUCUUUGACAGGGUAGGAUUGGACUAUGUCUCCUGUUCUCCAUUCCGUGUUCCUGUUGCUAGGUUGGCCACUGGUCAAGCAGCCAUUAGGCGGGGUGGCUUGCAUUGUGAUGUGCACCGCCUCUACAGCGGUGAGAUUGUCUCUACACUGAGCCCUGAGCUCUUGUAG